AUGCGCACUCUCUUUUCCGAGAACAUCCUCAGUCCUCCGCCCAAGCCUGCGCCCCCCAACAAGCCGAAUCCAUUUGAGCUUUCGUUUCAGUCUAGCGUGACCAGCAUUCCGCCCAGUUCGACGACUUCGUCGCAUAGCUCUCCUCCUCAGAACGAUUGGUUGACCGAUUACUACCAGAGCCAACAACGAGACGGCAAUCACCAGACGAGCCACGAUGCGAGCGCCAGAUAUGGCCUCGCACGGCGGAAAGGCAACCCUAAGUUGCUCUUCAUGGGCAUGAGAAGGCAAGCUCACCCAUCUGUCAGCCCUGAAGUCAUGAUGGCUAACGACGCACUACCAGGAGUGGAAAGUCUUCAAUCCAGAAGGUCAUUUUCGAAAAGUUCUCUCCAGCGGAGACGCUCUAUCUCGACCCUACAACGCGAACAGAAACGGCGACCCUAGAGUAUGUCCGUCCAAUCGACUUCCCUAGCCACCGCACUCCCGUUGACCUCUCCCCCAGAUCGUUCAUGAAGUUCGAAAGUGCCGAACUCCCCUUCAACCUCCCCAUCCUCUCGCCAGACUUCGACCACCACUCCGUCUUCAGCACCGCAGGCGCCAUCAUCUGGGUCAUCGACAUGCAGGACGAAUACUUCCAAUCAAUUAACCAACUCAUCCAAACCUCCACCAUCCUCCUCGAGCACUACCCACACCUCCACUUCGAAGUCUUCAUCCACAAAUCCGACGGGCUCAGCGAGGAAUACAAAUACGACACUUUCCGCGACGUCCGACAACGGGUCCAGGACGAAUUAUCCGAUAAUGGAUUCGCCGCCCGCGGAGUUUCGUUCUAUUCCACUUCCAUCUUCGAUCAUUCCGUCUACGAAGCCAUGAGUAAAGUCAUCCAGAAACUCCUCCCGCAGCUGCCGGCGAUGGAACAACUCCUCAACAAACUCUGUUCCGCCUGUCGAAUCCAGAAGGCCUAUCUCUUCGAUACCAUCUCAAAGCUCUACCUGGCCACAGACGCUAGUCCGACGUUUCUGAAAGAUUACGAAGUCUGCUCCGAUUACGUAGACGUGAUUGUCGACAUCAAGCAAAUCUACGGCUGGCAGACCCGUGGCCAGGACGGCGUACUCGUAACAGACAAGAGCAACGAAAGCGGUGCUGUUGGCGAGAGUCUCAUAACAUACGACAAGAACGGGAACACUUAUAUCUACGCCAGGGAGAUCAACGAGUUGAGUUUCCCCCUUUCUUCUUUUCUUCUCCUUACCCCUCCCUGUUUGCUUUUCAAUUUUCAUCAUGCUGACUGGCAUGCUGCUGCUGCUGCUGCUGCUGCAGCUAUCUCUCCCUCAUCUGUGUCAUGGGCCAAGGCAGCACGGCCGACAAACGAGUGCUCAUCGACUACAACGUCAGCGUCCUGCACGACGCCUUGACGCAGAUGUUCAAGCUCUGA